AUGGCUAAAGACUUGAGGGCACAUCCUGAACAGGACCAGGAGCACGAGGGAGCCUCUAUAGGCGAAGUCCUUAUCGAAGCUGCGCGCCGAAACAAUACCGAUCUCCUGAAAGAAACCAUUGACAGCAUUGGCGACGAGGAUAAAGCCGCCAAAAUCCUGAACGAGACGAAGACCGUGCUUGGGAACCACAUCUACCACGAGGCUGCGUUGCGAGGGAAUUACGAAGUAAUUGAUAUGCUCCUCGACCAGCCGGGCUUCGAAUGCGACCCCCUCACCCGCAUCGACGGUGACACCCCCCUCCACUCUGCUAUCCGCUACCUUAACUCACUCACCGAAUCCUCCCCACUGACUCCCGCCGUAACGACCUUCUCGCAAGAACUGAUUGGCAUGAUGAUCGAAGCGGGGUCGGACCCACGCCUCAAAAACAAAGCCAACCUCACGCCCUACCAACUAGUAGACCCGCGAAACGAGAAACUGAGACAGCAGCUGCAGGACGCGGUGGACGUGACGCAGAACCAGGGCGAUUACAUCGAGGAUGAGAGGAAUGACGCGAGGGAUUUCGGCGUGGGCGGAGAGGGCGACGAUGUAGGGAGUGCGAGCGAUAGCGAUUUCGACCCGGAGGAGUACAAGAGGGAGAAGGAGAGAAGGAAGGACAAGAGCGCAAACGAGGUCUGA